CACGCCUUCCUGAAUCCUGUCUACGGUCUACACGCAAGUCCAAAAAAAUAUGUUCGGAAACUAGAGACGUUAAAUCACCCGAAGUGUCUCUGGAGUGUAGGAUAUGAUGCAUAUAAAUUUUAUGCAAACUUAAUAUCUCAAUACUGUGGCUAUCCGCCUGCGUAAAAUGGUUAGGUCUCCAGUGGAUCCCCACCACCGAAGAAGAAGCGAAACCAGAGUUUCGUUUCCUCAUAAGCGCUGCUGUGGCUGUGUGCAUUCAGCGAUAGAAGCUGUGCAGCUGCAAGAGGGGAUCUUCUAUCUGGACUCUGACUGUCGAAGGUAUUGUGCAAUGUCCACAUCUGUUCUUUGAAAUGAUGUGCGCCCAUCAUGCCCGUCUCCUGUCAUGGAUCCUCGUCACGUGUUGUGUUUUGACGGGACCGUACCAUUGCGAUGCCUCUGAGAAGAAGACCUCCUGCUAUGUGGAAGACGGCCGAGCUGACUGCAGUCGCCUCCGCCUCAGUGCGAUCCCUUCAGACCUUCCCAGGAACAUCACCAGCCUGGAUGUGUCCCACAACAUACUGAGAGGGAUUACCCCGCCGUCACUAAGCCCGUACCCUGGCCUCCUGCACCUCGACGCCGGUUACAACAGCAUCACCAAGGUGGACGCGGGUUUGUGCCAAACACUGCCUCUGCUGCAGACGUUGAACCUGGAACACAAUCAGGUGCAUUUGCUGAAGACUGGAGAUAUGAGCCACUGCACCAGACUGACAUCGUUGAACUUGGCUAGUAAUAGACUAAAGCUGCAGGGAGAACCCUUCUCGUCACUGCAGAACCUAACCUUUCUAGAUGUUUCCAAAAACAAACUGCAGUCACCCAAGCUCGGCUCUCAGCCUCAGCUGCCCAGCCUGGUGAACUUCAGCCUGGCAUUCAAUGAGUUCACCACUCUGAAGAAAGAUGACUUUUCAUUUCUUGACCAUUCAUCCUCUCUGCAAGUCCUCAACCUGUCAUCUGUGCCUUUAAAAACAUUGGAGCCCGGCUGCUUUCAGGCCAUUUCAGGCCUGCGCACUUUAAUCAUGGAUGGAGGCAACUUGGGAACUCUGAUGGUUUCCAAACUGUGCUCAGAGUUGUCUGGAACAGCCAUUGAUGCUCUCUCUCUUCGAAAAAUGAGUCUGGUCAUGGUCACAAACAAAACCUUUAUGGGACUGCAGAAGACAAAUCUAACCUUCUUGGAUCUGUCCAGUAAUGCCAUGGGUCAAAUUGAAGAAGGCUCAUUUCAGUGGCUAUCUAAUCUUCAGACUCUAAAUUUGUCGCACAAUAACAUCAAGCACCUGACCAACAGGACAUUUCAGGGGCUCAGUAGAUUGAAAAAACUGGCACUUACAGAAGCACUGGUGAAAGGUCGUACCUCUUCCCCAGUUAUCGAUGAUUUUGCUUUCCAGCCAUUAGGCAUGCUAGAGAGUCUGAUGUUACAGAGGACUGCAAUCAGGGAAAUCGGAGAGCACACCUUUGCAGGCUUGAAAAGUCUUAAAAAACUUGACAUAAGCUGGAUUAACUGUCCGUCACUCCGAAACAUCACCAACAAGACCUUAGCGUCUCUUGCAGAUUCACCAGUCAGAUGGCUAAAUCUCAUAAAUACAAAUAUAGCGCAGAUCAAUCCCGGAAGCUUCUCUGCUUUGAGAAACCUCACCGUUCUUCUUUUAGAUUACAACCAUAUCAAGCAAACUUUGACAGGCAGAGAAUUUGAAGGCCUAGAUCAGGUUCAGGAGAUUCACAUGAGCAAUAACUUCCAGUCAAUUGACCUAAGCUCCAGUUCCUUUGUUAAUGUGCCCAACCUUAGAGUCCUGACUUUGGGGAGAAGUCUUAAAGCUUUAGCCCUAAACCUAGAUCACUCUCCAUUCAAACCCCUGACCAACCUCUCUGUCUUGGAUCUCAGCAACAACAAUGUUGCUAACAUCAAAGACAAUCUGCUAGAGGGGCUUGCAAACCUAAAGGUGUUGAAACUCCAGCACAACAACUUGGCCCGACUGUGGAAGAGUGCCAACCUUGGUGGGCCGGUGUUGUUUCUCAAAGAUGCGCAGAGGUUGGAAUCCUUACAGAUGGAUUAUAAUGGACUGGAUGAGAUCCCACUGAAGGCUUUGAAAGGUUUGACUCACCUCAGGGAGCUAAGCCUUAGCAACAAUCUCAUAAACAGUCUCAAGGACUCUGUUUUCGAUGACCUGAAGUCACUGCAGGUAUUACGUUUUGAGAAGAACUCGAUCACAAGCGUGAGACCUGAAGUGUUUCGUACUCCCAUGAGCAACCUCACCCAGCUUAUCAUGGGCAGAAAUCCAUUCGACUGCACGUGCGAGAGCAUCCUGUGGUUCGUGACGUGGUUGAAUACCACAAAUACGACGAGUGUGCCAAAUGUCAGGGACGAGUAUGUGUGCAACACUCCACGAGCUUACUUUAACCACUCCAUCAUGGAUUUCGACCCCCUUUCUUGCAAAGACAUGACCCCAUUUCAGACUCUUUACAUAGUGAGCAGCACAGCCGUCAUCAUGCUAAUUGUAACCGCACUCACGGUGCGGUUUCAUGGCUGGAGGAUCCACUUUUACUGGAACAUAAUGAUCAAUCGCACAUUAGGAUUCAGUGAUGCCAAAGUUGACGAAGGCAGAGAAUAUGAGUACGACGCUUAUGUCAUACGUGCGGAGGAAGACUCCAGUUGGGUGGAGAGGAGGUUGGUCCCUUUAGAGAAUGAAAAGUGCCAGUUUUGUUUAGAGGAUCGAGAUUCAGUCGCUGGCAUGUCACAGGUGGAAUCCAUUGUGACAAAUAUGAAAAAGUCCAGAAAAAUCAUGUUUGUCGUCACCGAAAGUCUCCUCAAAGAUCCCUGGUGUAGACGAUUUAAAGUCUAUCAUGCGCUUCAGCAAGUCAUCGAAGAAAGCAGGGACUCAGUCAUCCUGGUCUUUCUUCAGGAUGUGCACGACCACAAGUUGUUUCACUCACUCUUCCUCCGCAGAGGAAUGUUACGUCCACGUUGCAUUCUGGACUGGCCUGUCCAUAAGGAAAGGAUAGCAGCAUUUCACCAGAAGCUUCUCAUUGCGCUCGGCUUGACUAAUCGGCUGAAGGACUGACUGUUUAUCUUUGAUAAUCAUGACAGAUAUCAUUCUUACUUCCUUCAACAAUAAAGACAGGAUUUGACGACCUCAAGUGUAUUCUAAAUGAUGAAUUUCACAACUCAGUGUAUAUCAGUAAUGAUGUAUACAGGCAGAGACCGCCUUCACUUAACUUUAAUGCACACCCAGUGAUUUUAUUCUACAAGCAGCUUAAAAUAUGACAGAAAUCAUUCCGUUUGGAAAAGAACCUCAGGGGUUCUUAGUAGGCUUUAAAGGGUAAAAGAAUUAACAUUAGCUAGUGUUUGUAUGUUCCUUCCAAUUUCUGAUUGUGUUGCCUUUUGUAUAAACAUUGCACUAUAUUACAAGAGUUGUAUUUUUGCAUAAUAAAUGCAAUAAAACGAUAUAAAUAUUUUAAA